AUGACAUUGGACUAUGAUUUACCAACAGUUAUUAUUGAGGGUGAUAAUAGUGCUAAAAGCGAUAGAUCUACAACCGACCCACGUGAGGAUAAUGAUAGUAGCAACGAUAACAGGGAAAAAACAUUCAAUGCUAAAGUUGAAGAUUAUAAAAAUGGUUUGUCAUUAUCAAUGAGAGAAAAAUCAAUGAUAUCAUAUCGGUAUGCUAGUAGAAUUAUUAAUGCGAUAAAAAGUAAUCGUGUAAAAAUUGCAUGUUGUUUUGGAAUUCUCGAACAUUGGUAUCCAAUUGAACAAUUAAUUAGUUUAUCUGCUGUUCGACAAGAUCUGGUUGAUUUAAAAACUGAUGGUAUGAAAAACAUUUCAAUGAUAACAGCUUCAAAAUUGUAUGUUCGAGGUGCUACAAAUGGUGUUACAUGUUCAUGCAAAGGAGGAUGUAAAAAUAAACAAUGUG